AUGUAUCUUUUGGGGUUGUGUUUUCUCUUCGUAUUAGUGAUUGGAGAAGAGGCAGACAAGGCCGUAAAUCAGUUUUCUACUCUGAUAGACGGAAAACCACACACCGAAACUAUUUCAAGGAUGUGGCAGCUGACCCUUUUUAAAAUCAGAGAUGAUUUGAAUUUCGGUUGCCGUGUUGAGCGAGAGGGUGGACGCCGCAGUUACCUGAUGUUCUACUCCUUCCUGCUCAGAGCAGAUCCUAAGAGCGAUGUUCUCUCAGGGACUGCUUGGAAUAACGAUAAGCGGACUUUGCCUCAGACGGAUUUUACUUUCGACAAGACAGACGGUGCUGUGAAAAACAUUGGGAAUAAAGGUGGUUAUGAGUUGAAUGGAAUCACUGUUGAGUUCACCACUGUAUCGGCUGAACAUGGCAGCGAGGAACUGUGA